AUGGCACUAACAAGACACGUACGGUCGGUUAUUGAACAGAAAAUGUCCGAGAUGCUUCGAUUAAAACAGCAACGUGAAUUGCAAAACUUUUCUGCACAAAAGAAUUUAAUUGAGAGUCAAUUAAUGACAACUGAUCUCUCACUUCCAAC